AUGUAUCAUUAAAACAGUCUUUUAACAAUGAUCAAUAAAAAGGAUUCCUAUAACCUUAAUAAAGCAAACAUGAGAUAAGAAGUUAAUUAAAAACAGGAUUUAGAGUUAUCUGCAAUGUCAUACGAUGAUCUGUUAUUCUAACAGAGCGAAUAUUAAGAGGAUCUCAAUGUAGAGAGUGAAGAUUCUAAAAAUAUAGAGGAAAAAAUAUAAUUAGCUAAAAAUUAAUUGAAUAAACUUAAUGAUCAAUAGAAGCUUAACCUAUUCAAAGGUAUGGCCAAGAGAAUAAAACAACUCAAAUAAAAUAUCAGAGAUAUUAAAAUGAGCAGUAAAAGAAUUUCUAAAAAACACAACAUCUAUGUAAAGCAUUAACAAAUGGUUAUUGCAUCAGAGCAAAAGCAGCUAGCAGGCUUGAAAAUCAUCUCACCUUCACAAGCUAUAAUAAACAGCUAACAUAAUUCGAGCUCAUACUAAGAAAUUAAAAAUAUUGAAAAGAUCACACAAUUUGAGAAAGCUAAGACAUAAUAAUAAGGAUUUAGUUCUAAAAAUGAAAAUAAUGGAGGAAAUUAAUGGAUCAUGAACUUUGGAAUAGUAUAGCAUAGCCCAUGA